GCGGAAGUUUCGUGUUCACAGAGCUGUCAUCCAUUUUCUCUUAUCCGUUUUGUAAACAAGGUGCUGGGAAGAGGCUCCAUAUUUAUUGCGCGACAACAGACGAGAGACAUGGGGGGAGUCCUAGGCCUGUGCUCGGCGGCGAGCUGGAUUCCUUGUCUAUGUGGCACUGCGCCAUGUCUGCUGUGCCGAUGCUGCCCAAGUGGGAACAACUCCACAAUAACACGCCUUAUAUAUGCCUUCUUCUUACUGCUUGGAGUAGGAGUUGCCUGCAUCAUGUUAUUACCAGGGAUGGAAGAGCAGCUAAAAAAGAUCCCAGGAUUUUGUGAAGGUGGAAUUGGAUCCUCUAUUCCAGGGGUGAGCGGUCAUGUGAAUUGUGACGUUCUGGUUGGGUACAAAGCCGUGUACCGGGUGUGCUUUGGGAUGGCCAUGUUUUUCCUUCUGUUCUCACUCCUCAUGAUUAAAGUGAAGAGCAGCCAGGACCCUCGAGCCUCAGUGCACAAUGGAUUCUGGUUCUUUAAGUUUGCCGCAGCUGUUGCAAUAACUGUUGGUGCGUUUUUUAUCCCUGAAGGACCCUUCACAACAGUUUGGUUUUAUGUUGGGAUGGGAGGAGCAUUCUGCUUCAUCCUCAUUCAGCUGGUUUUGUUGAUUGAUUUUGCUCACUCUUGGAAUGAAUCCUGGGUUGAAAAAAUGGAGGAAGGAAACUCAAGGUGCUGGUAUGCAGCAUUAUUAUCAGCUACAGGUAUAAACUAUGCCUUUUCCCUGGUCGCCAUAGUCUUAUUUUAUGUGUACUACACUCAUCCAGAAGGCUGCUAUGAAAACAAGGCUUUCAUUAGUGUGAACUUGGUACUGUGCAUUGGAGCCUCUGUGUUGUCCGUUUUGCCUAAAAUUCAGGAAUCACAGCCCAGAUCUGGCUUACUUCAGUCUUCAGUUAUUACUGUUUACACCAUGUAUCUUACUUGGUCAUCUAUGACUAAUGAGCCAGAUAGGAAAUGCAACCCAAGCCUCUUAGGAAUAAUUGGCUACAACACUACAAGCGUUCCAGUGAAAGGUCAGAUGGUGCAGUGGUGGGAUGCCCAAGGAAUAGUGGGGCUUAUUCUUUUCUUGCUGUGUGUCCUGUACUCCAGCAUUCGUACAUCUUCCAAUAGUCAAGUGAACAAGCUAACCCUUACUAGUGAUGAGGCCACUCUUAUAGAAGAUGGAGGUAGCAGGAGUGACGUUGAUUCCGAUGAUUCUCACAGAGCUGUGGAUAAUGAGCGUGAUGGGGUUACCUACAGCUAUUCAUUCUUCCAUUUCAUGCUUUUCCUAGCAUCUCUCUAUAUCAUGAUGACACUCACCAACUGGUACAGUCCUGAUUCUUCUUACGAGACAAUGACCAGUAAAUGGCCAGCUGUUUGGGUGAAGAUCUCCUCCAGCUGGGUGUGCAUUGUGCUAUAUGUGUGGACACUGGUUGCUCCAUUGGUGCUUACCAACCGUGAUUUUGACUAGAUGAAAUGGAGUACAUGAUUUCAAUAUGUCUUUGUGUGCCAGGAGCACCAGGCUAUAUAUUAGCUUUUGCUGUUUCUGCAUGUCCUUUUGUUAGCAUUUCACAUAGUGCAUGAUGUUGCGGUGUAUGUACAAUAAGUCUAGAACUUUUGAAGCUACACUCCAUAGAUCACAUAUCCUAUUGUAUUAAUGUGUAAUCACUAGUGUUCUACCAAAUCUUUGCUCUACUAUACACAAGUUGAUGGUGUGCAGUGUUAAACAAGCCUUUUAAACCUUUUGCUGCCACAGUAACCUAUCAGCAUUUGCACUUUUCACUAGAAGAGUCAAAACUUUGCCCUUUUAGUUUUUCAUAAAAUGCCUCAAAAAUUGGACGUCAGUAUAUACGUAACACAUUUUUAUUGCCCUAAUUUUUAAUAUAUUCAUAUAUUGUUUUUUGACAUCUGCUGGGAUUAUUUUGGUUUUUUUUUUUUUUGGUUUUUUUUCUCCUAAAGAUAAAAAAUCAAAUGGAUUCUUCAAUGUCAAGUCAGAAGAAGAAAGAACACACAGUUCUUAGUUCUGUAACUUAAUUCAUAUUUUAAAUGUGUUAGAGUACAAACUUUAUUGUAUGUCGGUUAAAAGCAGAUACUUUUUGUGCAGUGAAAAUGUGCAAUUUUGAUAUUGUAUUAAUGUGCUGAAACAAAUGUUUAUUGUAAAAUAGCCAUGUAUUAUCUAGUCACUAGACUUGCUUCUAUUUUCUUUUGCAUUGAUGGACAGGAGCCAAGGUCAGACUAUUGUAGUUGCAGAACAGAAUUCUAGAUAAGACUGUACAACUUUGUUUUGAAUUAACUUUGUAAUCUAUAUUGUCUUAAUAAAAUAAGGCAACAUACAAAA